UGACCCUCUCUCCCGAUCUCUCCCGAUCUCUCCCGAUCUCUCUCUCCCUCUCUCUCGAUCCUUAUCUACACACAGAAGGAAAAAUGUAUGGAUUCGAAGCUAUGACCUUCAAUAUCCAUGGCGGUUAUCUUGAAGCAAUUGUCAGAGGACAUCGAUCGGGACUACUAACUGCAUCCGAUUACAACAAUCUCUGCCAGUGCGAAUCAUUGGAUGACAUCAAGAUGCAUCUCUCCGCUACCGAAUACGGUCCAUAUCUUCAAAACGAACCUUCACCUUUGCAUACAACAACAAUUGUUGAGAAGUGCACUCUUAAAUUGGUUGAUGAGUAUAAACACAUGUUGUGCCAAGCUACAGAGCCUUUAUCGACAUUUUUAGAGUACAUUACAUAUGGUCACAUGAUUGACAAUGUGGUAUUGAUUGUCACUGGUACCUUGCAUGAAAGAGAUGUCCAAGAGUUGUUGGAGAAAUGCCACCCAUUGGGUAUGUUUGACAGCAUUGCUUCCCUGGCAGUUGCCCAAAAUAUGCGUGAGCUCUACCGCCUUGUGCUUGUUGAUACACCUUUGGCUCCUUACUUCUCUGAGUGUAUCACAUCCGAGGAUUUGGAUGAUAUGAAUAUCGAGAUAAUGAGGAACACACUUUACAAGGCAUACCUUGAGGAUUUCUACAGAUUUUGCCAGAGUCUCGGUGGUGCCACUGCAGAGAUAAUGUCUGACCUACUUUCAUUUGAGGCCGAUAGAAGAGCUGUUAAUAUCACCAUCAACAGCGUUGGUACUGAGCUUACCCGAGAUGACCGCAAGAAGCUGUACUCCAAUUUUGGCUUGCUUUACCCAUAUGGACACGAAGAGCUUGCCGUAUGUGAGGAUAUUGAUCAGGUCCGAGGUGCGAUGGAAAAAUACCCUCCUUACCAGUCUAUAUUUACAAAAUUAUCCUAUGGAGAGACCCAAAUGUUGGACAAGGCGUUUUGCGAAGAGGAGGUUAAGAGGCUGUGCUUGGCAUUCGAACAACAGUUCCACUACGGUGUGUUUUUUGCGUAUAUGAGAUUGAGGGAGCAGGAAAUUAGGAACCUGAUGUGGGUAUCGGAAUGUGUGGCUCAGAACCAAAAGUCCCGAGUCCACGACAGUGUGGUUUUCAUAUUCUGAUAUGGUUUUGAUAUGGUUUGAAACAAAACCAAUAUUUGCUUAUUGUGAAUUUGCAACACUUUUAUUUUAUUAUAAUUUUUAUUGUCCUGCAAAAAUAUUUGUGUGUUGCAGCAACACUUCUCAAAUAAAACUCUGUUAUUCUUGUGUACUA